GUAGCAGAGUACCUGUUAUUCUUGUUGGCAACAAGACCGAUUUAGAAGAAGAGCGCCAGGUGACACCUCAAAUGGUUCAAGAUGCUCUCAAAGAUCAAUCUAAAGUUUGCAAAUACCUGGAGACCAGCGCCAAAUACAACGUUAAUGUUGCUCGACUAUUUAUCGAGCUGUUGGAACAUGCGCGAGAGCUUGAACAACCUCCUCCUGCGCCUCAGCAAUCCAGAAGACUGAGUCGGAGGCUCAGUUCUUUGGGAAAUAUUAAUUUGGCGGUCCGAAGAAAGUCCAGUUUGCCGAAAGUAACCGAAGCGAAAGUUGAUGUUCCACGAUCUGAACCAAGGUGCGUUAUAGUUUAG